AUGAAGCCGGAAUCUCGCUCCCGUGCCCCUCCUGUCCGGUAUCCGGAUGAUCGGGUUCGCCGCAGCGAAACACCAGCCGCAGCUCGAGGUAGUAAGCCUGUCAACCACAGCGCAAUUCAAGAAGCUUCAAAGAUCUUGCUGGAUAUGGUAGAGGACGUGCCAAUGGGCGACGACGGGGAGGACAACGAGGAUCGGCUGGAGUCUGCAAAUGAGAGCCGACGAUCCACGCGCUCGUCAAGCAUGCUACCUUCAAGACAGUCUCGAGCUUCCUUCAAGAAGACUCCUCGUCGCCGCGCUGCCUCGUCCCGUGGAAAAUUACCUCAACCCAGAGAGGCUGCGCGCGUAAGAACACCGACCUCACGCUUAGUCGACGAUGCACAAGAGGAUACGAUUGUAGAAGAGGUCGUAGACGACGCAAUCGAUCAUGGCAGACAGUCAUCGGAAAACCCAAACAAGACCUGGAGAGAGUACCAGGAGGAACUCAAUGCUGAAAGACGCGAGCUUGAGAGACUUGCAAGGCAACCGAUGACCCAACGCAACGUGAUGACRGGAAGUUCGACGCGCGCAACCGAUCGACCUAUCAAGCGCGAGAUCACGGAUGCUGAUAGCGACAGCGGAGACGUCGCUGCUACCGUUGAACAAGGCGACGAUACCAGUGCUGCUCCCCCUGGACCGAUCAAAACGAGCAUUGAAGAAGAAGAGGAGGUCAAACCGGCUCUUGACUCGUUUGCUUCUCCCGACUUAAUGGAAGAGGAUGUUGGAGCAGAUCCAGAUCAGCUCCAAGAGAUCACCAGAGCGGCAUAUGCUCCCACAGACUCACAUCGCCGCGAACAAGACAUGAUGGAUGAGCUUAACGGCAUGAACCUGAACAGACGUCCUCGUUCUGCUAGGAGCGUUGCUCCGCGCGACUUCUCCAGGCGUCGCGCUUCGAAGACUCCGUACUCCUCUCGUUACGAGAGUGGUACAACCACGCGCAGCGGCUACAGAAAGCAUCUCUCCACUGCAGUCAAUCYCGACUUGGAGGCUGUGGAGRGAACCCUCGAGAGAGAGGAUCGAUCCAGAUACAAGCGAAUGCGGCGUUCUGGUGUCAAGGCUUCGUAUAGCGAGAACAGUGCGUUCCAGGGGAGCGUGAGGGCAAUGACGGCAGAGAAGGAGAGGGCAGAAGCGGAGGUGCAAUUGGACGAAGACGAGGAGAUGGAGGACGAUGGGCAGUGA